UUGUUUGGGAUUAAAUAUUUCCUAUAGAUGGGAAAAACGAGUCGGUCGGGUCGGUUGGUUGGUCGCGUCGGUCGCUCGAUGCUUGCUUGGCUCUACGUUGUCGCUGUUGUCGCUAGUUUCGUAUAUUUCACUUUGUGCUGAACGUUCGUUCGAAGCGGUUCUCGCAGCGCAGACUUCUCUUUUUUUCCAUAUCUCUAAUCGCAUUCGAUUCGUGCAUUUUGGUGAACAGCAAACAUUUCGAUACGUUUCGAUUUGAUUUCAAUCAAGACAACUUAUAUAGACAUUUAAAUAUAAUACCAACAACAACAACAAAGAGUGCUGGAUACGGCUUACACUCUGCCAAAACUAAAAAUAAAACAAAUUGUCUUUAUUUUUUUGGUUUAUGUUCUAAACGGUUUUGGCGUUCGCUUUGCAACGCCAACAGGACUUGAGCUACAAUUCGGGGCGUUAAUAAUUCAGUUGUGAUGCCGACCAUACGGCGCUGCUGCAUCAUUGGAUGCCUCUCAAACUCGCGGCAACACCCCAGCAUGCAGUUCUUCGCCUUCCCUCGCCCCGACAAUCCGUUUCACAAACUCUGGAAGGAGGCGUGCCACGCCUCACUGCGUCGCAUCAUUCCCUUCAAGAAGCCCGUCGUCUGUGCGUUGCACUUUGAUCCCAGUGUGCUGGGAGGUCGCCGUCUACAGUCGAAUGCGUUGCCCACGUUGCGUCUGGAAGUGCCCUCGAAUCUGGAGGCAGUGGAGCAACAGGCAAUGGUGGAGGAGAUCGAACGGAGUCGCAAAUGUGCGUACAUCAAUGCCGUCGUCUAUGAGUGGCUGGUGCGUGCCAAUAUCAAUCCUCAGCUGCGUGGCAGCAUCACGCAUGGCAUGAUCAAGGACAAGGCGGAGAAUACACGCCAAGUGAUUGGCAGCACAUCGUUUAUAGCGGACAAUCGUUGGCUGAAUCGCUUUCGGGAGACGCAUCUGCAGGGAUUCGCUCAGAAGCUGGCCACCAAUCAGCUGAAGCCGAUGGGCACAUCGCUCUGGAUACCGGAUAUUGUGCAGGACUUGCAACAUUUGUUCCCACCAGCCAGCGCAGAGCGUGUGGCGAAGCUGGAGGAGAUGCCGGAGCAAUACAUGAACUAUAUGCAGCAGUAUGGCGAAUACGAGGAGGAUGACGACAGCAUGGACAUUAAAGAGCAGAGCUAUCAGGAGCAGCAGCAGCAGCAACAUUACGCACUGCAGCAGCAACACUUGCAACAGCAGCAACAGCAGCAACAACAACAACAGCAUCAAAUGAAUCCCGCCUGGCCGCCUUUUCCAGGACAUGGGCUGCCACAUCCACAUCCUCAUCCGCAUCCUCACGCUGGCUUCAGCAGCCUCAACGAUUUCUACUUCGAACGUCAGCUGCAGCAGCAGAUGCAACAACAGCAGCAACAGUUGCAGGCGCAAUUCCCGGUGCCCGGUUCACAACCCCGCGAACCCUUCCAGCCUCAGCUGCCGCCCAAUGCGUUGCAACAGCCUGUGAGUCCCUUCCGACCUGUGCAGCUGGCUAAGCGACCCAAGCUAGAAUCGCCAGCAGCUGCUGUCGACGAUGAAGUGCAGGAAAUCAACAAUGUGCGAGAGUCGCCGCCGCCGUUGGCCGAAUCCACGCAACUGGAGCAUCAGCAACAACAACGCACGCCGAGUCCCAAGGAGCAGAAUAAUAAUAGCAAUGGAGGAGUGAGUGGACGUGACAGCGCCAGCAGCAAAGAGAAUGCUCCCAAGACAACAAUCGAUUGCACCAGCAGCGGCAAAUCAACGCCAGUGCUCUCCAUUAAAGCCAUUAGUCCGCCCGCAACAGUCACAUCGCCAGCAUCUGUGCCAGCGUCGCCCAAGAAGAUUAGCAGUCAAACAAAUGGACACACAUCGUCACCGGAACCAGAUGCAGGAGGAGCGAAUGCAUUGGCCCAUGUUCUCAAAGAGCUGGACAGUUAUACGCAGGCUUUGGAGUACUUGAAGCCACUGGAGGAUUUUGUGCUCUUCAAGGAGAACUUCCGUGCCAUUGGCUUGCUGUCACAGCUGGAGUUGGUGCUGCGCAAGGGCGACAAGUCCACGCUUAUUGAGGGUUAAAUUUAAAUAAUAUA